ACUGUCUAAUUGUGCAAGUGAGUGGAUAUAUAUAAAACUUCUCAAUUAAAUCACGGAAUGCUGUCUAUGCAAGUCCCCGCGACCGGAACGUCUAGCCCAAGGACGAUUCCCUGUCGUACAGCCGGCCUAGAUCGCUUAGGCCGAACGGCCUACCAACAUGGCCUCGGGUAUCUGUGGAGGAAUUUCGAAUCCAAAGUUCCGGGCCUGUUCGUCGAUGAUGCAACCGAGAACAGGAUCGGUGUAGUCAAGGCAGGUAGAGAUCAGCUCCAUUGGGUAUCAACUCCGGAAGAGUUAUACACUACUCUGAGUGAAAGAAUGUCAACGUUAUUAAUACUCAACCGGUAUAAUUCAUGGAGCAGGAUAGGUAUCACCAUCCAUGCCUUCUCCGUGGUAUGCGAUUUCGCUGCUAUCACGCCGUUCUUUUUGCACUUCUUAGUUGGGAUGGGUAGAAAGUUCUCGUCGAAGGAUGAAGACUUUAUGUCAUGCUACAGCACAUUUGUAUCCGAGAACACUCCCCUGGUCUCUAGCCUUGGCAGCGGGAUGGAGAAACACAGUGAUUCACUUUGGGGGAUAUGCUACAACAUUCGCUACUUCGAACAGCAUACUCGGGACCUAGAAGAUCCAUGGUCUUGUCGCCAAUCUGCUCUUCACCACAGCUUCUUGGCGGUUUCCAAGCAGUCCACUUGGGUCGUCAUACAGCCACCUAAAGCUUUCGACCUAACUGUAAGCUCGACACAGCAUCCGAUGUCCUUACACCUUCGAUAUCUUCAUGCAUGUCUUGCAAAUUGGAGAGAAUAUCUUGACUCCUUUGCUCAGAGACUUAAGCCUCUUAAUCAACAGAUUGCAAUACCAAAUCCGUAUGAGAGCUUCAAGAUUAACUUCUCGCACGAGCAAUACCUCCACCAUCUCAGAGGAAAGCUUCAUUAUGCUCGAAGCAUUCUCAACAACACGAUGAACACUUUCCGUGUUAUCGCCGAACAUGAAUCUGCUGUAGCACAGGAGCAGAGCCUCUGCCAAGCCGUUCACCAUGAAUUCCAACGCGAAUUGCGUAAUCUUUCUCGGGAGGUCGAUAACUACAUCGACACAUCGCAAAGAUUUCUUCGUAUGGCAGACGACCUAAAGUCGAUGUAUGACAAUAUCCUCACAUUUCAUGGCCAAGAGCUACAGCACGACACGAGCCUGAAGCUUGCACAUCUGGCGCAAGCCGAUGCGUCCGGGAAUAGAGACAUGGCGGUCUUAGCCGACCUCACACAAAAGGAUUCACGAUCGAUGCGUAUCGCGACGGCCAUUGCCAUGUUCUAUCUCCCGGUGAAUCUGGUCAUGUCAUUCUUCAGCACUACACUUGUCUGGUAUGGAACGGAUGCGACAGAAAGCCAGAGUUCAAGGAUGCAAUUGCGCAGCGAGGUAUGGAUCGCGACCGUGGCGGCUAUUGUGCUUGCCAGCAGUACUGCAUGCUGGUCUUGGUGGUGGAAUUGGAAGGACCAGAAGAAGCCAUAUAAGAAGGCUAUUCAAGAGACUGCUCACCCAUAAUCAGAUAUCCCAAAUAAUUGAAGGGGUUCCUAGUUUCCUCUCGAUAGAUGAGUUGGUAUACGCAAAAAGCGAGGUCCUCCGGGAAGUUGCUUUAGAAGUUUGAAAUGA